AAAAUUCGACCAACCAAGUCGAGAGUUGGUUCGUUGAAUCGUUUCUGGAAUAUAAUAAUUUGCCAUUUGUUAGCCCUAUCUUCUGCAACGCCCGCAGCUCUCCACCUUCGUCUCCCCAAGGCAGAAGAAGAACCCCAUGGCGAUUUAUGUCGCGUCACGGCGGCUCUCCAGCGGAACAGCUGCGGCGACGCUGCGUUAUGCCACUGCUAUGAGAUCUUAUUCAACGUCGUUUAGAGAGGAGAGAGACACCUUCGGGCCGAUCCAAGUUCCUUCCGAUAAGUUGUGGGGAGCCCAGACGCAGAGAUCGCUGCAGAACUUCGAGAUCGGUGGUGAGCGCGAGCGUAUGCCCGAGCCUAUCGUCCGCGCUUUCGGCGUCUUGAAGAAGUGCGCUGCCAAGGUAAACAUGGAGUAUGGACUUGAUCCAACGAUUGGGAAAGCGAUUAUGCAAGCUGCUCAGGAAGUUGCUGAGGGAAAGCUCAAUGAUCAUUUCCCCCUUGUUGUUUGGCAAACUGGUAGUGGCACUCAGAGUAACAUGAAUGCUAAUGAGGUCAUUGCUAACAGAGCAGCUGAGAUUCUUGGUCGCAAACGUGGUGAAAAAUGUGUCCACCCUAAUGACCAUGUCAACAGAUCUCAAUCCUCUAACGACACUUUCCCUACUGUCAUGCACAUUGCAGCUGCAACCGAGAUUAAUUCAAGGCUCAUCCCUAGUCUGAAAACUUUGCAUACCACUCUCGACUCUAAGUCCUUCGAGUUUAAAGAUAUUGUGAAAAUUGGAAGAACUCACACUCAAGAUGCUACUCCUUUGACGCUAGGACAAGAAUUUGGUGGCUAUGCUACUCAGGUUAAGUAUGGACUUAAUCGAGUCACAUGCACUCUACCCCGCCUCUAUCAGCUUGCACAAGGUGGAACUGCGGUUGGGACAGGAUUAAACUCCAAGAAAGGGUUUGAUGUAAAGAUAGCUGCUGCAGUAGCCGAAGAAACAAACCUUCCGUUUGUCACUGCUGAAAACAAGUUUGAAGCUCUGGCUGCACAUGAUGCUUGUGUUGAAACCAAUGGGUCACUUAACACAAUCGCCACAUCGGUGAUGAAGAUUGCCAAUGAUAUACGUUUUCUUGGAAGUGGUCCAAGAUGUGGUCUUGGUGAACUUGUUCUGCCUGAAAAUGAGCCAGGAAGCAGCAUCAUGCCUGGCAAGGUAAAUCCUACACAGUGUGAGGCCUUGACUAUGGUUUGUGCUCAGGUAAUGGGCAACCAUGUAGCUGUGACAGUUGGUGGGUCAAAUGGUCAUUUCGAACUGAAUGUAUUUAAGCCGGUGAUUGCAAGCGCUCUCUUGCAUUCCGUGAGGUUAAUAGCAGAUGCUUCAGCUUCGUUUGAGAAAAACUGUGUAAGGGGUAUUGAGGCCAACAGAGAAAGGAUCUCAAAGCUAUUGCACGAGUCUCUUAUGCUUGUGACAUCAUUGAAUCCGGUAAGAUCAUGAUCAUGAGCGGAGACAUCAUGAUCAUGAGCGGAGACAAGAUCUUCAUUAAGAAACUCAGCUCACUCAGAACAAGCGGCUACACAAACUUGGCAGUAUUCAGGCCAAAUACUUGCCACCAGGACGACAUCAAUGAGGAAGUUCAAGACUCGUGGGUCUGGAGACAGCUUCUAUGUCUUCCCUCGGAGGCUGGGAAAAGGGUUGGGAACAAGUUCGAUUUGGAUUUGGAGCCGAGCAUGAGAAAGCAGAGAAUCUCUCUUUCAGCGAGCUACUAUCAAGUCUCAGACUCAGUCGGUAACAAAUUUCGUGCUUUAGUUGCCUUCUUGAAGAAGCAACCAGGCAAAAAGAUCAGCAUCUUUUUCAGCAGUUGCGAAUCUGUAAAGCAUUACUCUGGAUUGCUAAGAGCAUUGGGUAUGCCUUUCUCGGUAUGCGAAAUCCACGGGAAACAGAGUAUUGGGAUAAAUCUUAAGGUCUUUUCUGAGUUCAAGGAACAAAAAGGUGCUCAUAUUCUUCUUUGCAGUGACCCAAUAGCACUGGGUCAUCAUGUUCUUCCAGGAGUGGAAUGGACUGUGAGAUUUGAUGUGCCUGCCAAGACAGAAGAACACUCUUUGUGUAUUGCCCUACCUUGGCAGACACAUCCUUAAGGACAUGCGGCGUACAGAGGUGGAGUUGGAGGAGAACGAAUUGGGGGAGAACGCAAGGGUUCAACCGCAAAAGGAAAGUCAGAUGAUAACAGAGGAGAUGAAGAAAGGUGGUCUGGAUAUUUGACUCUACUAAUUCUACGUAAGAUGUGCUGUUUCAAUUCGUGAGAGGAGACGAGUAUGAAGACCUUUUGUGAUUAUUUCACUUUAUAUUCAAAACUUUAUGUUAUGCAACGGUGUUUGUAAUUACUAUAACCCAACUGUGGUUCCUAAGAAAAAAUGAAUUUUGAACCAAUAGAAAAAAGCUUUUGAAUUCGGUUUAA